AUGGCGGACUUCGAACGGCGACACGGUCAAGGUCACAGGCUCUGGCAACCAGCAGCACAGCCACCGAUUGUCGACAAUGCAGCACCAGCCAAUAAUGCAGCGCCCCGCCAGCAGCCACUACCUCGUCCUCCACAAGAUGCUGCUCAAGGGGAUGAUGGCCCUGCUCAAGAUCUCAGAGCGCGUGAUGACUACCAUGAAAUCAUUGCACGAUCGACAGACGCAGACCUGGAGGAGUUGGCUUGGCGUCCAUCUCGAAAUUGCGAUCCAGGCGAACCGCGGCUAUCCUAUGACGAAGAAGUUCUGCCUGACGAUACCGCUGUGCCUUACGACGAGCUAGUACGGCGUGGUCAGGCUGAGCCACGUGCGGCUCCGGUCGAACAGGCUCGUAAUGCGGGCCCAAGAGCAGUACCAGCUCUUGCACAACAACCAGCACGGAACAAUGCAAUAUCCCGUGCGCCUCCACGCGCUGGGCCUGCAGUGAACAUGAUCGCGCCACAGCAGCAGGUUCAACGCCACUAUGCCACUGUGAAUACCGCCUAUGGAGCAGCACAAAAUUACGCCGUUGGCAUGGCUACCGAUCCUUUCCCCUUGGCCAACUACCCCUUUCCCUCGGCUAACUAUUCUUGUGGCAUGUCUAACAAUCCUUUCUCCAUGAACAACAACUUCUUCCGCAUGCCUGCCGACCUUGUCAACGCCAGGACUACGAUCCCUGCCGGACGCCCACAAGGCCCUGACUAUCCCAAAAGUGAACCUGGUGACAAGAUUGCCGGCACAUGGCUUGACGAUGAUGCCGAAGCGAAAGACUUAUUCAAAGAGGCCACUGCAGCUUUGGAGAAGAAGCGUGAUGAGAUGGGUCUUGAUCAGAAGUGGGUAGAAGAUCGUCAAUUCACAUUCCACAAGACGGCAUACCAACAUGGCAUUGCUGCUGCCAAGGCCUUGAUGCGCGAUACGCAGCAGAAGCUAGAGCUCUGGGAGAAGAGGUUGAAGACCAUGCAGCCCAUGUACUUUGGUGGCAUGGGUGGCAUGGGUGGAGGGAUGGGCGGUGGUUUUGGGAUGGGUUUUGGUGGUAUGGGCCACGGUGGCGGCUUCCCGGGUAGAGGUUUCUAA